AGAGUGCGCACCGCGCAGACGAAAGCACAAGAAGAAGAAAAACCCAACCAACACUCAAAGAAGCUCGUCCGAUCGGGAAAAACUCCAAACUCGGAACUCGGUUCAGAUUUUUCAGACGGUUUUUGCGACGGUAAUCGAGUGUGAAAAUGUCCUCCUAGUGGGUGCAAAGUGUAGGCAAUCCGGUCACCAGUGCGCGAACGUUGAAAUUCUUGGUUGGUGGGAUAGGCUUUCCCGAGGAAAAGGCAGUGCAGCGCUCUGGACAAAGUAGCGGAGGAAAAACGUAAGUACUACAAGGCAGCUCUCGGUCGGGAUUGUGUUUUUUCUUCCCUUUUUCUUCUUGGUUUUCUUUUGGGGGCGCAGUGGCAGGGAAUUUCGUGUUCUCGAAAAAGGGAAAAAAGCCCCGGGAUGGUUUGGUAUUUUGAAAGGAAAGUUUUGAGGCCUCGCAAAAUCGGUGCAGUAUUUGGCCUGGCAGGGUUUUUUCGCAGUAUUUGGCCUGCUAGGUUUCUUUUUUCAGUAUUUUGGGUGUACUCCGCCGCGGUUUUGUACGCGCGUAUUGGUACUAGUGAAAAAAGCCAUCAUUGACUUCUUUUUUCUCCAUUCCGUUCCCGUUUGCGAGUGUGAGUGUUUGUGUUAUUUUUCAUGGAGGAAUAAUCAAGCAAAAACUUGGAAAUUUUCUGCUAAAAAUCGUUUUUCAGGUGUGAAAGUUGGAAGAAAUCCGAAGAAUGCAAAGUGGAACGGGAAUGUCUCGUAGCGGAUGAAAAAAAAAAUGAAGAAAACGGAAGAAGAUCAGUGCACGUAAAGGGAACAAGAGGAAGAAAAAAAAAGUGUUCGAAGAUUGUGUCAUAAAGACGAUGGAUUUUUUUUUCCAUGCUAUGGACGCGGUUCGACUGGCUGAAAAAAAAAUCCGUCCGUUGCAGCAAGAGAACUGAUUUUCAGGUCCACCUGAUAUGAACUACCUUGUCAUGGCCGUCCUGCCGAUCCCAGCUUGGAAUAUUGAAGGCAAUCCCAACUUUCAUAGCAUAGGUGAUCCUCCUUCUUCGUCGUCGUCAUCGUCGUCGUCUGCAAGCACAGAAAAUCAGAAUCCAGUGUCAGUUUCGAUGUUAUUAGACUUUGCGCUUAGUAGCGCAGCCGUGUAGAUCAAAAACCGUAAAGUAGUAGCAAAGAAGAAGUCUCAGCAUCAGCAGUCUCAGUAUCCGUUCUGGGCGUAGUGAACACGACGCAAAGCCGGUCUGCCACGGAGCAAUUGGUAGUCCGGGAAGCAAGCAGCAAGUCCUAUUUGGUGAUUAGGAAGAAAGAUUUUAUGCAAGGUGUAUCGUUUAUUCUGAACAUUUGAUGUGAAAGUGAUUUAUACAUAUAUCGUGAAGGAAAAUGUCCGCUACGUCGUCUAUUAGUUCGGUACAAUCGUCCAGCAAUAGCGGCAACAGCGGUAACAAUACCAACAGUAGUAACAACUCCCGCAAUGUCAUUUCGUCUGGCUCGAACAUUGUCAUCCUGGAUAACCAGAUCCUCGAUAGUAACGAUGUCGUGGCGGCAGCAGGUCUCCAGCAACUGUCCGGUGGCGGAGCUGGAGGUCUGAAAUUGACGAGGGACUGUGCCGUGCAGUAUUCGAACGUAAUCAGCAGCUACACAGCGAGUAGCAAUCAGCACGGCAAUGCAACGGCCAUCGUGGGAAGCAACAGCGGUUCCCAAAUGAAUACGGUGAACAUUAUCCCGGGGGACGCCUCUCAGACGAACUCGCGAGUGCAAGUGUUGAGCAAUGUGCAGCUAGUGUCGUCGAAGGGCGCCUCCCAGCCGUCUACGUUCAGCUACGUAGACGCCAGUGGUAAGAACUUUAACGUCCUUACAUCGAGUGGCAAGAUCAGCACAAACAAGCUGAUAGGAGUACCAAUAACGAAAGUGAAAACAUUCAAUCACAUCGGACAGCAACCGCAGCAACACCAGCUGUUGUCGCAACAAACACCGUUUGUGUCAUCUCAGCUGCCGCAACAACAACCGCAGCAGUUGCAAACGCCGCAAAUCGGUAAUGUACAGAAGGUUACUGUCCCCAGGAACAUCCAGCUGGUGACGCGAAUACCGAAUUCUACCAUUUCGGUGAGCAAUGGACGAAUGUCACAGAUUACUCCUUCGUCACCCCAGCAACAGCAAUCGACUCCGCCUCAGUUCACCAUACAGCAAUAUGCGGAUUCCAGCGCAAGUAUUCCUCCCAGUCUGGAAAUUCGCUCAUCGGUGUCAGGUCCGAUCAUCAAUUCCACCAACACUACUGGCAUUGUGGGUAAAACUGCAUCCACCAAAGGCAAAAACGCAGCGUCACUGAAAAUGAUGCAAAACUCCCAAAUAACGCAAUCCAGUACAAGCAAUCCGACGAAACCGAUUGGAAAAAGCAUGAGUGUGAAUCUGAAGAGCGUUCGGAACAAUUCCAAAUCCAGUGCAACAUCAGGAGUCAAUUCGCAAUAUUACAUCAAGAAUUCGUCUAAUGGAACUCUACAACAGCAGCAAUCGGGAACCACCACGUCAAUUUACACGACAUCUCCCGCUCAAGCUGUUUACCAUAACCCGACGCCUGUUCCGCCGCAGCAAUCAGUCCAGAUCCCAGUCAGCACAACCACGACCACCGGAAAAGGCAGAGGUGUGUACAAAACAUCCAAAAACCAGUUGAUCCAGAUUCAACAGCAGCAGCAACAGCAACAACAACAACAUCAGCCACCACCCCACCAAUCUCCCCAGAGAUCAAUAACACCUUCGAGUCCAAUCAGUGGUGGGGCCAUCCCACAAAACAUCACCUACGGUGGAAACUUCGGAUCGAGCACAAUGGUUCAAGGUAACACCCGUUAUCAGAACUACAACUCGUACCCAAUCCCAGCCUCUCAGUCCCAGUCCAGUAGUAGUACAACUACGUCCGUCAGCAACAACUAUAAACCGUUUAAUCAUCAUCUUUACGCAGGUGCUACCUCGUCGUCUGGAGUGACGUUCGAAUCAUCUGGAUCACCUUCAACCGUGACAAUGGCGGGAACCGGCCACCACGAACAUCCUAUUCCGUCGGUCACUGUUACUGGCUAUAGCAGUUCCACCGGCAAGAACAAAAAGUACGGUUCUACAAUUCAAAACGAGAGCAACAGUCCCGGGUUCGUGUUGUCCCCGGUUAAGAUGAAGGGCUCUGGUCGCGGGCGAAACAACAGCAUCUCCAACUAUCAACCGACGGAGGCAACAGCUCCAUACCAACAACGGUAUUCGACGUCCCCCUCUAGACCGCUUCAACAACAACAGUUUCAAUCAGGAUCACCGCUCGGAAGUUCUGGUCAGCAUCCUGCAACCAGUACCCGAGAGGAUCAAAUUUUCCUGAACGGUCAACAAAUGACGGACGAAUCAUCUGCCCGUAUUUUACAAAGUUUGUCACAACGAUCAACCGAGCCGGGCAGAUACGGCGGCUACAAACAGCAACAGCAGUUCACCUUCUACGGAUCGGACAAUGUACCCCAACAGCCGCCGCCACCGCCUAUGUCCAGCAUGCCGGCGCCGGCCAGUGUCAGCAGCAAUGCAAACACAACGACAGGGGUCUCAUACGAUCCAAGUAACCCCCGGUUCUUCGAGGACAAAUCCGAUGGCAGGAGGACAAGCAUAUCGGAGGUCAUUACCUAUGCAGACAACAUUCCUCUUUUGGAAGGAUAUCCUGCCAAAUACGAUGACUACAACCAUCCCGAUGACAACAUUAUCGAAGAAGUGCGACCAGCUCCGGUGGAUGUGUCCAAUGGAAGGUUCCACAUACUGCAGGCGGUUCUUCAGGAUCACACAUAUUUUGCUCCGUCACCGGAGCUAAAACUCCCUGAUCCUCAACCACCGCCUAUGCCAACGCCUCCGCAGCAAACCCAACAGUCUCAUACAGUGUCCGCAGCCCCAGUGCAACAUCACCCUCCGCCCCUCCAUCAUCAUCAUCACCUUCAGCAGCACCAGCAACAACACUCUUCAUCUCAGCAACAACACCAUUACAUGCAGCAAUCUCAGUCCCCACAACCGCCGUUCCAGCAACAGCAGCAGUCACUCUACAAGCACCAUUCUAGCUUGUCCACGCCAGUUUCAUCGACUGGUUCUACCACUGUGAUGACACCCACUUCAGUCCCAGUUAAUGCGUCGAUUCCACCGGUCGGUGUUCCUGCUCCGUUGACCCAGAUGAGUUUGAACACGCUGGCCACCAUUACCGGUAGUUCCAGCUCACCGAUAUCGGCAUCGACUGUGACCACGACAACUCCGACGACUGUUGGCUAUCCGCCACAGCCACCGUCAAUUAUGCCGGGCAGUGCCCUGGACUACAUCUACCAACGGCAAGUGAUUCCUCCGCAGGACGAUGAUGCCAACUCGGUCAUCAGUACGGGCUCGCGGAACUACAACAACCUGGAUAUUGACUUGGGCGAGGAAACCGAAACGGCCCCGGAGGGCGAAGGCGAGGACGAUUCCGUCACCCGCUGCAUCUGUGAUCUGACGCAUGACGAUGGCUACAUGAUAUGCUGUGAUAAGUGCUCCGCAUGGCAGCACGUGGAUUGUAUGGGUAUUGAUCGGGCCAACAUCCCCGAUGAGUACAACUGUGAGAUGUGCCAGCCACGGCCCGUUGACCGGAUCCGUGCCCGAACGUUACAGUUGGAGAAACGAAAAGAACAAUCGCUCCUACUGGCGAAUAACAACCUCCAGAUGCCGGUGGGCGACGCAGCCGUUACGAGUACCAAUCUGGUGGGUGUCGUCGGAACUGGUUCGGUAACACCGGUUGGCACCAGUGCAAAAGGUGCCAACCAGUACACCACCGGUAAAGCUGUGGCCGGAACGAAAAAAGCCAAGUCGACUAGUGGCAGUUCCAAGAAGAAAUCUGGGGAAAAUGCUGCCGCGAAGAAAGCGGCCAAGAAGGCGUUGGAUGCUCUGAAUCGAAUCAAUGGCAAGAGGAAGGAGCUGAAAAAGCCAUCUAAGAAAAAGAUCAAAACAACGGAACAAAACGCAGAAAAGAUGUCCAACAUGAUCCGAACCUGGAUCGACAACUACGAGCGUGCCAUCACAAAUCACUACUCUCCGGAGCUGCGGGCCCGGCUGACGGCAUUCGGCAAGAUGCAAUCGCAAAAUCCGCUGUUGAAUUCGGAACGUCUCAUUCCGGCAGGAUGCGUAACAAAUCUAGCGCAAAAAUGUACCACUGUUCCCCAUGCUGGCGGGAAGAUUCUGAUCAGCAUUGAGGAAAUACCACCAAAGACUCCUAUUAUCGAAAUACGGGGGAAGUAUAUGCUCUCUUCUCAGCACAAACAGCUCCAGUCGUUAUUCAACAUGGCUGCGAAUGGAAAGCUGAGCAACAACAAAAAUGCUGGUCCGUUUUUGUUCCUAUAUCAGGUGACCCAAGGAGGGAUGGAGCUUUGUGUUGACACCCGAACUUACGGUAACGAUGCGCGAUUUGUGAGGAGAUCCUGCCGACCUAAUGCCGAAAUUCUGCACAACGUCGAAAAGGGAGUAGUGCAUUUGUAUGUCGUUUCGACGGCAAACAUUAAGGCCAAUACGGAAAUUACCAUCAAGCACGACGAACAGCUGAUCCAGAGGGUAGGCGGAGUGAUCAUCCUGACGCAUACUACCGUCACAAAACUGUGCGCAUGUGGUCUGAUCAAGGACUGUCAAUACUCAGCACAGCUGAGCGAUGGGUUACUUCCAGCAGCGAAUCCCGUUGGCGUCAACCCAGCAAUCAUGCCGAGUGGCCAAGGAGGUGUAAGUAGUUCAACAACGCCGGUUCCUAAAGCAAGUAAAAGCAAGAAAAACAACGGUGCCCUUGGUGUCGAUGGUGAAAAGAAGGCCCCAAAGAAGCGAAACAGCAGAUCUACCAGCUCGAACGCCGAAGCUCGGCUACGAUCCAUUUCGUCCAGCGGAGACAGCACUAGCGAACUGAUGAUGUAUGCCCAGCAGCAGCCUCCUUUGUCGCCACUACAGCCGGCACAACAAUUCCAGCCUACUCCGUCGCAACUUGUGCAUCAACAGUUACAGCAAACUGCAAUGCACUUUAUGCAACAACAACAACAAGGUCAACCUGGAUUGAUGCAGCCAUCGCAGCCUGUUUACAUGUACAGUCCAUCGCCUACUCAUCAAUCUCAACCCCCGGCAUUGGCGCCGACUUCAUUGCCGCCACAACCACCGGUAAUACAUCCGCAAACUUCGCCACAUCCUCCUCCAAUGAGUCCAGUUAUGAACAUCGGGCAUCGAACCGGGUUCUAUGCGGAGAUUAAGUCACCAAUGAACUCGCCGCCACCACUCAACUUAACUGGACCACCACCAUUGGUGAUUCCCUCUAUGCCAUCGCCGGUCAAAGCCUCGUCUCAGCAUCCUCCUCCGUUGCAACCCAUGUCGGACGUUGCUCCUCCACCUCCUCCGGUGGCACCGAUGAACGUUCCUGCGUUGACCAUCCCUAACCACUCGCAUCCGUUGCCAGACCACUUGAUUCAGCAACAGCAUCAAAUCAUGGAAGACAUCAUAAAGAUCAAAAUCAAAUCGCCCAAGGCAAGUCCUAUGAAGCACGAAUACUCUCCGAUUCCGUCUUCAACGAUUACACCGGCGGCAACGACCAGCAUGUUAUCUCCGCCACCGCCACCUCCAAUCCCGGUUGCCCAGCGGCCGCGUUGUGCAGAAACACUGAAGCAGGAACUUUUCCAGUCCCAUUAUCAACCUCCAGUGCGGCCACAGUCGCCGGCUCCUCCGGUCAUUUCCUCACCGGUUAAAGUAGAAUACCCGCCGCCCCCAAUUGAAGUGAAACAGGAGCCUCAACUGCACGUCUACGAACCGCCGCAUCGUCCUCUCGUGAUUGACGAGAAGCCACCGAUACCGCUGGAGGAGAUCAAAACGGAACCAGAAGUCAAACCGGAACCUGUGCCAGAGCCGGAAAUAAAGUUAGAGGAGCCAAAACCACUUCCCGUUAAGAUCGAAGCUGAGCCACCUAUUGAAGUCUCUGAAUCUGCGGUAAAGGAAGAACCAGCAAUCGCUGUAUCUCCCGCACACGACAUGGACAGCAAAGACGGACUUGACACGGCGAGUCUCUGUGACAGUGUCGGAAGUUCUCCGGUAAAAUCCACCCAGCCGCUGCAUCACACGUCCGGUUCCAAUCCUGGCAACAGUGCCCACAGCUCUCCACAUUCGACCUCCUCGCAGCACCACGGUGGAAGCAGCAGCAAAAAGAAGAACAAUCCCUUCAAGGAGACCGAGAAGGAAAAGAAGGAAAAACCUCCGUCGAGGAAGCUGACACGCGAGGAACGCAAAAUGGAGGCCAUCGUCAAGGCGUUCGAAAAGAUGGAACAAUCCCAGCAGCGAAAGCAAGAACUCAAGGAACAGCGCAAGGAAGGGAAGCGGCGAAGCGUUUCGUCGUCCACUCCGGACGAGAGCGCCCCAUCCGGUGGGAGUAGUUCGACCAAGAAGAAGAGUCUCAGCUCGCAAAAGCGAAAGAAGAAGAAGAGCAAAUCGUUGAGUCAGCACUUCGGAUCGCCCAAUCAAAGCCGCAAGAAGAAAGUGUCCAAAUCUUCGAAGAAAAGCAAAAACGGAAGGGUGCUAGCUUUGGAUCCGGAAACUCCCAGUCGGCCGUACGAGAGUAAGGCCGCUGAACUGUUACUCACCUUUUCGCAACAACCCGGAGAACCAGCGCAACCAACGCAGAGCACUUUCUUCGGAGACGAUGUAAAACCGCUGGCCGACGUUGCGUCUUCGAACGACAACAAUAACGUCGAAACGGUACCAUCGGCUUCGUCGUCCAACUUGCCGUUGCUCAGUUCCGCGUGUAUGCUGAUUGAAGCUGCCGUAGGCCCGCUGGAACAGGUUUCUAGCGGUUCGACAGUUGAGCAAGACUUCAAGUUUCCGCAGAAGGCCAAAACGAAGAAAAGCAUGAGUCGCGAGUGGCUGAGUGGUCAGGCAGUGGACGCCUACCGGAGGAAUACCCCGGACCAGGAUUCCGGAUACAUGAGCGAGGAAAAAUCCCAUGAAUACCGGAGGGUACCGUUCGAGGAGAGCAGCCUAACGACUCCUCUUGGUGUAGAUGUAAGCGAGCCCAAUAUCUGUAUCGUGGCGAAAAAGGUGGAAGAAUUCAUUGCCCAGAACUCGCCUCAAGCCGAACCUGAAGUAACCACCGCUUACAAAUGGGACGAUAAGGUCAGCAUCGGUUCCACUGCGGUGAACAACUCCCAGGAACAAACUCACACUCCCACCAGCGGGGGAAACGUAUCGGAAAGCGCCGCAGCCAAAAAACGUUGGCUAAGACAAGCCAUUUCCGAAGAGACGGACGAAUUGUUGACUCAAGCAUCGUCAUCACCACCUCCUCCGAAUGGAUUUACAACACCGCUCAAGAAGCGCCGUGUCAUACGGCAAUCGGACGAAGUGAUCCAAACUCAAUCUCAACAACAGCAGCAACCUGCAUUGAUCUCCGCCCAAAAGAUUGAUUUUGUGGAUAGCCUGGCACCUCAGCAUCAACCGCAACAGCAGCAGCAGCCAAUUGUGAUAAAUUCCCAGCAAAAGUUCCAGGAAGGUGGCCUACAAUGGCCCAAUUCUGGACCGCCUCCGUUGUCGUAUCCCUUCGGCAUAGCGGAAGAUAAGCAAGCUAUGGAUCUCUCUAGAACGGCAGUUCCUCCGGUGCGUAGAAUACAACCGUACAAAAUUGUCCCCAUUGCGCAAGCGCUUACCCCACUGCAUUUUGCGGAUCCUGGACCCCUGCCAACGCCAUCAGCAGUUCCAGUGCCAAUCCCACAGGUGGUGCAAGCUCAUCACCAUCUAAUACCAAUGGAAGCGCAGGAAACUGUGAGGACAACAUCCCUACCACCACCACCACUUGCAGCGCAACAACAUCAAGCAAUCAGCAAGUAUGAAAAACUCCCCUCCCCACCACCAUCGGCAGUGGCCGCAAUGGUACCGGCUUCGCUUCUUCCCCCGGAAGUAACUUUUGUCGUCCCUCCGGCAGAGCAGCCACAGCAACAACCGCAAGCCAGAAUCGACGUAAGCUAUCCAAGCUCGGCCCCGGUUCCCGGAAUCACGCGCAGUAAAGGAAGCCAAAAGUACAUCGGAAGCCCGGCCAAGUUCCAACCUCCGUCGCCGUCGGAGUCGCUCAGUUCAAGCGUAGCGGAAACACCCGAAAAGAACUCGGUGGCUAGCAGUAACAGUAGUGGCAGUUUGGGAAGCUCCGACGUCGAUGAUGAGGCACAUGACGAGCAAACAGCUAAACCGGAAAUGGAAGUAUCUGCUUCCACAGAGGAGGUGGAGUGUUCUCAGGUUGAGAUGGCAGUGGCGGCCGAGCAGGAAAGUGUGACAGCGACCGAAAGUUCUACAACUAUAACCAGCAGUGGAAGCAGCGAACCGUCGUUACAGCAAGAUUCCUCUUUUGUACAGGAAGAACAAGUGAUAAUGAGUGAAAUUGUCCACGAAGAACACGAAGUCGACCAGAUGGACCAAAGUGACACAGUGAUGAACACGACAGAAGAAUCGAGUGUUUCGCAAGUGGAAGAAGAACAAACGACGCAGCAUUCGCCAGAGCGAAUGGAAGUUGACAAUGAAGAUCGUAGUGUGAAACCAGUAGUGAACGUUCAGACCAUGAAUGGACGCGAUAAAAGUGUGCCGGCUGCGCCAGCAGAAGACAGUGACAAGAGUGAACUGGAAGACUUGCAGAAGGUGAUUGCUUCCUUCCACUCGGAAAAUAUCAUGAAUCUCAUUUCAAGGAACAAGAAGUCGAAGAAAGUCGUCUCCCGCGAGAACAGCUCGGAUGAGAAACCCCGAUUGCCAAAGAAAACUGGCAAGAGCAGAUCCAGCGCGUCCAGCAAGGAGGGAAGUGUCACUCCACCUGCCCCUCCAUCACCUCCGCCGGAGGAACCACCAGUUUCGGAUUUUGUCGUCGAACCAGCUGUAGCUGACGCCACGUUGGAAGCACCAAUUGUCAGCGAACCUGAACCAGUACCUGCACCAGUCCCACCACCAGUAGAAGAACCGCCGUCGUUUUCUACGCUGGGUCGAUCCUACUCGCACCCUUCGUGGUAUAGUACAACAGACAGUUUUCGGGAGACCCCGGAAGUGCGAAGUUAUUCGACGCUGCGUCCGGAUAUCCCGCAGAUAAACUACAACUCUCCCAGUACCUAUCAAUCGAAAGCUGCUCGUGAACUUUUGUCAUCGCUAUCGGCCGGAUCCGAACCGCUCUCCAGCUUCACAAGUUACCGGACCAGCACAUCAUCCUUCUUGGAUUAUCCAAAGUCCUCGCUGGGUGGAAGUACAGCGACUACCAAUAACACCACUAGUAGCAGCACUUUCCAGUACAAAUCAUCCAGUGAAAUCAGUUCACUGUUAGACAAAGGCUUCUCCAGUACGCGACCGUCCAGUUUCUCGACGCUAGGACCAGAUCGGAGCACGGAACGAGUCGGAAGUUCCUUCUUGCUAUCGUCGACCAAAGUGACCGAUAAUCUGUCCACGCUCGGGUCAGCCGGAAGUCCUUAUCCGAAGAUCUUUACCAAAACUGCCGGUUCGGAUCCUAGGCUGAACCCGGCAUUAACCGCUCCAGAGCCGCCAGCGUCGGUGACACCGAAACGGAAGCUGUCCAUCAACGAAUACCGUCAGCGGAAGAUGCAAUCGACGACGACGCCGUCGUCUUCGUCGUCUUCAGCGGCCACGAGCACUUCGACAACCACUCCGGAGCUGGGUGGCAGUAAUAGCAGUAGCAGUGAUUCUGGUGGAAGUAACCAGAUAACCAGUAGCCUCGGUAGCAACGAUGUGAGUAGUUCGAUCUGCAAGGAACUGGAGCUGGAGCUUGGGGAGGAGAAUCCGAUGGGUGAGGAUGAAGAAGCAGCGAAGGUUUCCUCGAAUGAAAUGUCCAGCUCGAAGUCGGGGGCGUCUAAGGCAGAGCCCAAUUCAACCGAGGGAACAGUUUGAACCGAUACGCUUGACGCAUCACAGGGGCGGAUGGAACAAACUUCAGUUGAAUGUGUUGUCUUGAAUUCGAUGGGUUGAGUUCAAUGGGUACAAUUCAACGAGCAGCUUCGGGGGUUGAUCUGCGAGAGCACCACAUUCGGUUCACAAACACAAAAAAGAAGAAACAUGACCUACCGCUGAUCACCACCAGCAACAUUACCAAAAACGAGAUGACAUAUAGCAAAAACACGCAAAACAAAACUAUGUACAAGCAAUCAAACACACACGCAGUCUUGGACGGUACGCUGGUCACAAAGUGGCCCAGCCCGGGAACGUAAACAACAGUUACGGAGUGAUAAACCACAACAAACAUGUCGUGGCACAUGUAGUUUGAGGGAGAGUGGCACCAGAGGGGUGAGGGAGCCCGCGAGUGAGCAGAGAUCUUUUGUAUUGUUUUUUCGCCAGGAACAGUUUGAAAGGAAUUAAUAUAUACUUCUUGUGGAAGUACAACCCGAUUCGUAGGAUAUAUUGUAAUGUUCUGAUGAAGCUCCUAGGAUUAUGAUUGUACAUGUAAUAUUGUAAUUUAGGAUCAAGAGUAGGAAUCGAAUAGCAUUAGAUUGGAUAUCGCGCACCAGUUUGAAGCCAUUUUCCCUCCCGAUAAUGAUGACGUUGAUGAUGAUGAUGAUGAAAUCCCAUAAAUUUGCGCGUGCAGCAUCCAUGUAGAAUAAAAAUGCAUUGUAUAAAAACUGUAACAUUCGAACUUAGCGACCUUUUCUGUUUUGCCGUUAAAUAUUUUUAUUGACGAUUUGAAAAUAAAUGCAAAAUCCUAUUAACCAUGAACGCGAGCGUGCUCAAAUUUUCGGCCAAUGCCAGAGGCAAGUCCGAAAGUUAGUUCCCGUAUUCCAUAUUAGUAAGAACGACGCUCUGUCGGAUCCUCCCGGUAAAUCAAUUCGUGUAUAUAGAUAAAACAAGAAACCCAGAAUCGUGAAGACUGAUUUCAGAAGUUGUGAAGCUGUACAUUUUGUAGAUGACCUAAAAGAAGGAGACGGCACCAUCUCCGAACGUUCAAAGUAGAAACAGCAAUAUAUGAAUCCUGCAGAACAGCGGUAGCCAUGGGCAACAGGAUCCGGCAGAGCGUCGUUCCCCCCUCGUUAGACCUACUCAUUAACCAGUGAAUUUAGUGUAAAUAGCCAGUCAUUGAUAAUCCCCUACUUCAAUAACCCACCUACUUGUAGAAAAGAAUAGUGACACACAGGAAAUAUCCUCUCAAACAGAGUGUAAAUAUACGUGUACAGGAAACGCAGAAAGUGUAUCUCAGAAAAAUGCCGGUUUGCUAGUGCAUGUGGAUGCAGCAUCGAGACAGGAUUCUACUCUCAAUCAAAAUUAUCUUCUACUUACCCAGAGCGUUAAGUAAAUCGAUUCGACAAAGAAAAAAAAACACAAAAACGACUACAAACAUGGUGUAAAAUAGUACAAAUAGCAUGUAUAAACGUGAAAAGUUAAAUUUAAAAAGGCAACACAACAACAAAAAACGAAUAACAUGUCACUUAAAGUGGAAAGUAUGCAAACUUCUAGCUAAUAGAAAAAAAAAGAGUAAACAGGUAAAACAACUAACAUUAAUAUCCCGCGUAGCUGAGGAGGAAAGUGUAGCAAAAUGACACAAAAAAUAUGCAACUACCUAGGAAGAACGAAGGGUGCGAAGAGGGAUUAAGGGAAAACCGGGAAUCGAAACCUAAUUACAGAGAGUGGUUCUCCAUCGAGGGAUAGAUCGUUUGCCACGGUAUAGCUGCCCAAAUCUCGUCCCCAACUCAACAGAAAGGGGGGUCAAGAGAGCCAAGUUUGGAAAACAAUGUGCUACGAACAACAUACUUUCACAAAAAUGUAAGUUUCCACAUUUCAUUCUUGUUAUGAUUCAGUUUAAAAGCGCCUCCAUUGCUGGCAAAUGUUUUGAAAUGAUUCACAAAAACGAGCAUCUUCAAUCCCAAAUUUUAAAGAUCAAGAAGUACACUACGUAACUGGAUCGAUGUAGAAGUUGGCAUGUGAAAUUUAUAUGACUUCUGAUGUCUGUAAUCGUAGUCACAUUUGUUUUCUCUACACCCGACAAUCUAUAACAUAAUGUCAAUUUGGCCUAAUGUCAUUUGGAUUAACAGAUUGGAGGGGUAGAAAUUUACUUCGUCAUAUGCGCUAAUUUCCGUCGUAUCAGAUGAAAAAUAGCCGAUAAUUCAAGAUAUUCCAACUCACCUUUGUCAAUGGCUUAUGUGAUGGAAGCAAAAAGAUGUAGACUAUCAUCGAUAACCAGUUCCUAUAGUACUGGAAAUCGAACAAUUCCACAUUUUUUGUCGUAACAACAAAAGACGAGCUCCACAAAUAACUCGGUCCAAACAUUGGGCGCCAAUGUAACAAAAAAAAUGUACAGAACACUACAAAUUCAUCGUACCCCACGUGAUGCGACAUACAACGAAUAACUUGGAAUAAAACCCUACAAAUGCGCUAUUUCAUAUUGCGUACCGUGUCCCACGUUGGACGCUGCUACGAAAAUAAAUUAGAACCCUACAAAUGCACAAAAUACCAUCAUCAUGAAUUGAGCCAUGUAAUCCAAAUGGAUAAUGGUCCAGCAGUUCAAUCCUGUGAUCGAUUUUUUUUUUCUGACGGGUUGCCUUUUGUUCGCAGCGUCGGCUGCUUGCAUAGCUCGAGUUUGGUCUAGGAAUUUCUAAUCCUAAAGGGGCAUCUUGAUUCGGUCUAAAAUACAAGACCGUCUACAUUUUGAUGUCCUUGCAUGGAGUGACAUUAACAUACUUAACAUAGUCACUCCCAACGAUGCGGUACAUUAUUCUCACUUCUUAAGGAACGGUUGGUACGAGUUGUCCCCGUUUUCUGAUUUAAAUAACAAUAACAACGCUGCACAAUAAGCCUGGCCGCUUUAAUGCUUGUAAUGCAUCUUUGAUGUACUGCAACCAUUAAUAAUGACAAGAAAAAUGAUAGGAGUAGUCGAUCCUAUCAUUUUCCAGGGUUCUUUCUAUGAAUGACUGUGUAUGUGUAGACUAGACUAGACCGUCUACAUUUUGAUGUCCUUGCUAGGGGACCGUUUGCUUAUCUUGUACUUGAUUGUUGCUCGAAAUGGCCUGAGCACUACAAAUGCUUAUGAAAGUUCAGGGUCAAACCACAAAAUAAACUGAUAAAAUGUUCACAACAAGUGACAAAAGUAACACAAUCCCUGUAACAAUCGAAGAACUUUUUCAUGACUUGGAUAAUGCGAUUCAUGGAAACUUCUUAAAACUACAAACAUAACAUCGUUUUGUGAAUGACGAAGGCAACCGCAUCAAAGCAGCAGCUAGCCGAAUUGUUCUUCAUCACUAUUCAAUUUUCACUUUGUCAGAUUCACUUAUGAACUUGACUUUCAAUUCACACCUCACAAAAGCUAUGUGGCACUUCAAAGUUGGAUUUCAUUGCUACAGAAUGCAGCAAAAUCUUCUCAAUUAUCGAAAUAAAUUGAUUGUUCUCGUCGAUAAAAUUUAAACAAGUAUUUGUCUUCGUCCCAGGGAAGAUGUAGGCAAAUGUGUGCGUGGAUUUUCUGCAUACAAAACAUCAUAUUUUACAACCACAGAGAAAGUUUACUUCGUUGCUCUGUGAUGGCGUUUUAUGAUCUAGUGGACGAAAAUAUGACCUGAAAUAUUUUGGUCGUUAUUCUAUAGCUACAUCUAUCUCAAUUUCAAAGCAUUCUGCUCAAUCUUACUUUGAACUCAUGAUUUGAUUUGGAUUGCGAAGAAUUUGACCGACUUUUCGAAUACACAACUACGGUCAAAUUAUAUUUUUUACCAUCUUAUGUACCAUAGUGUCAUGUAGAAGGUGUGACGGGAAUUAAAUUUAUGUUGUGCCGGAAAUAGACGUGGACUAGAUGGAAAUAGAAUUCGAAGGACAGUUAUUCAAUCUAAUUAUUUUAAGGAAAUGGUAGUUGUUUUAUCUACAUGAUCUACUCUUCUUUAUGGCUCUACGUUCCCACUGGAACUUGGCCUGCCUCUCUUCAAUUUAGUGUUCUUUGAGUUUUUUCACAGUUAUUAAUUGGCAGGCUUUCUUUGUCUGCCAUUGCAUGAAUUUGCAUAUUGCUAGGCAAGCACAAUGCUACACUAUGUCCAGGAAGUCGAAAAAACUUUCUCGACCGGAACGGGAAUCAAACCCGCCGUCUCCGGAUUGGCAGCCCUAUCCGCUAGGCUAAUUGGAGGAGACCCCGAAGCAAUGAUCUAUCCUUGGUGGAGAACUCUCAUGUCAUCUUGUAUUAGACCUAAAAUAAAAGUUAAAAUCUUACCAAGCUAAGCAGAAAUUAAGGCAUUAAAUUAUUGACGCUAAGGUGUAAGCUAUAACUAAAAAAAAACCUAAAAAAAUAUUGCUCGCGCAAUAUGUGCAAGCAAAUAGCAAAAUCCUAAAUAAUACUUUCGUAACAGCCAGAAUUGCUGUUAAAAAGUUGAUAACAUCUUUUUCUUUUCGUUGUUGCUUUGUAUCGAUUUUAUUCAUCCCACUAGAAUCGCCCUCCCCUCAUCAUAAUAACAUACGUGACGCUUACAAGAUCGCCGAUGAUUACGACACAAACACACAUAAGAGAGCCUACUUUUUAAGCUUGAAAUUUUAACACUAAAAUUGCUUUUCCCACAAGCCCAAGUAAUAAUUAUAAAAAAAAAACAAAUCGAGAAGACGCAGUGCGUUUUCGGGGGGUUUGCACAUCCUCCAGUGUAAGUGUAAAUAUGUAGUAUAUAGAAAAGCACUGGGUCGACUGUGCUCCAUCUCACACCCGCCUAUUAACUUUUACCAUCUAUUCAUCCAGAAGAGAGGAUAACUGACAAAAGCACCUACCUGCUUUGGUUAGGCUUAACAAUGAUGAAUAUAAUGAUUAACAUUAGAAAAAGGAAACGGACGCUGGAUGAUGGAAUGCGGAUGCAAACGAAGCCCACAUAGAGUAUAUUAUGUUUAAAUGUUCUUUUUGUAUAUUUAUAUUUUUAAAUGAUCUAAGUUUAUUGAAAAAACGAAAAAAUGCAGAAAAAGUGAACUACACACAUGUAAUAUAUAUACCGACGGAAAUCAUAUGAUUAUGAUUGAACUCAAACAAUAUAAAAUCAAUCGAAAAUUUAA